CGGGGAGGAAAUAUAAAGGUAGUAGUAGGUGACUUGAUAUUAGAAACCCCAGUAUGAACGAGGCCGAACACAGAGAAGAGGGACCGGCUUUGAAAAAGCAAAAAAGAAUAGGGGUAGAGAAUACUGAUGAAGAGGUUAAGUCAACCAUUUGUAAAACCGAGGAUGAUGCACUUGAGAAGUUCUUUCUGUCAUUACAGAAUGAGAUUAAACUAGAGAAUGACGAGCUUGAUGCUGAGAUUAAUAAUGCAUUGCUGAAUCUCAGCGAAUAUGACGAAACGAAAACUACCACCAACAAGAAAAACAAUAAUACUACCAAUGGUACGAGUACCGGAGUUAGCGGUACAACUACAUCGUCGCCUGAAGAUCUAUCACCUUUUGAUUCACCAAGAGCAAUGACUUCAAGUAGUGAAUCUUCACUUGAAGAUGAACUUUUCAAGAGUAGUGGAUCAGAAAGUACUAAAAUAGAACAACCCACAGCAAACAUAGAUACGGUUGUUAAUAUCAAACAAAGCAUGAAAGAUACAAGUAGAUUACUUUCGACGUUCACUACAUUGAAAACAACAUAUCUCAAGCUUUGUAAGGAAUUUAACUACCUUUUAACGAAAUUCAAUGACAACGAAAAAAUUAAAAUUGAGCUCAUUCAUGAAAACAAUGAACUUAGAAACUUGUUGACACAAAUCAUCAAGGAAAGGGAACUUGAACGGAAAUCAAAGUCCGUGACACCUCCCCAAAAUCUGCAUUAUUAGACAGCAUACCUUUAGUCAGAGGCAC